GCUUCGUUAUCUCAUACUUAGCGAAUCGGUACCCUCCGCGUGCGCCCUGUUAGCCGCUGUAAAGCGUUUUUUUUUCCGCUUCUGGACAACAUGGACAGGAAGUGAAGCCAGCUCUGAGACUAAUCUGAAGCCACUUGUGAAAGUUGGUGACAUCAGAACUACUGUGAGCUGAAGUCUGAUUGGAGGAAUGGCAUGCCAGUCGACCUUGCGCCAGUGAUCAGGCCAGGACACUCCAGUGGUGACAUCCUGUGGAGCCACAGAUUAAAGGCGAGGAGGCUGUUUUACCACCGCUGGAACUGAAGAUUGCUUUAAAUAAGCAAGUCCUCGUGGAAGGUUUUUAAGUCAUGAUGCAAGAAUCUGGGACGGAGGCGACGACCAACGGCCCAGCCAAUGAGAGUGGAGGAGUGAGUGUGGAGGGAGUACCCAGAGAGGGACGACCAAAUAGUGCCACACCAUUAGCGGAAGUGACUGCAGCGGACCUCUUGCAUCUCCAGCAGCACCAGGCUUUCCAAGUGGCUCGACAAAUACUUCUCCAGCAGCAGCAGCACCAACAGCAGCAGCCCCAGCCACAGCAACUGCAGUCUCAACAAAAUACUGGCCGCAAAUCCCCGAAAGCCAACGACAAGCAGCAAAACCUGCAGGUUCCAGUGUCAGUGGCUAUGAUGACACCUCAAGUGAUAACUCCACAGCAAAUGCAGCAGAUCCUUCAGCAACAAGUCCUGAGCCCUCAGCAGCUCCAGGUUCUUCUCCAGCAACAACAGGCCCUCAUGUUACAACAGCAACUCCAAGAAUUCUACAAAAAGCAGCAGGAACAACUCCACCUCCAGCUCCUACAGCAGCAGCAACAGCAGCAACAUGCAGGCAGCAAGCAGAGUAAAGAGCAGCAGGUGUCAGCACAGCAGUUGGCCUUCCAGCAGCAGCUCCUGCAGGUCCAGCAGGUCCAGCAGCAGCACCUGCUCAACCUUCAGAGGCAAGGACUGCUCAGCAUCCAGCCUGGACAGACUGGCCUGCCACUGCACUCCCUCACUCAGGGCAUGAUUCCAACAGAGCUGCAACAACUGUGGAAAGAGGUGACAAAUGCUCACGUGAAGGAGGAGCACAACAACAGCAGCAGUAACAACGGCCACCGGGGCCUCGACCUGUCCUCCCCGGCACCGCCAAAGAACCCACUCCUCAACCAGCAUGCCUCUACCAACGGGCAGUACAUGAGUCACAAGAGAGAAGGAUCCACGCUAGAAGAGCAUUCCCCCCACAGUCACCCUCUGUAUGGCCACGGCGUUUGCAAGUGGCCGGGUUGUGAGGCAGUGUUUGAUGAUUUCCAGUCAUUCCUCAAACAUCUUAACAAUGAGCAUGCCCUGGAUGACAGGAGCACAGCCCAGUGUCGGGUGCAAAUGCAGGUCGUACAACAGCUGGAGCUGCAGCUAGCAAAAGACAAAGAACGUCUGCAGGCUAUGAUGACGCACCUUCAUGUCAAGUCCACGGAGCCCAAAGCCACCCCACAGCCGCUUAACCUAGUGUCCAGCGUCACAUUGUCCAAGUCGGCCCCAGAGGCCUCUCCUCCUCUGAGCCUUCCCCAGACCCCCACCACACCCACAGCGCCGCUUACACCCCUGUCCCAGACCCAUUCUGUCAUCACAGCCACCAGCCUCCACAGCGUGGGCCCUAUGCGACGGCGAUAUUCAGAAAAGUACAACAUGCCCAUCUCUCCAGAUAUCAGCCAGAACAAAGAGUUUUACAUGAAUACAGACGUUAGACCACCAUUCACGUACGCCUCACUAAUAAGACAGGCAAUCCUCGAAUCUCCAGAAAAGCAGCUAACACUAAACGAAAUCUACAACUGGUUCACACGAAUGUUUGCAUAUUUUAGGCGCAACGCAGCAACAUGGAAGAAUGCAGUCCGGCAUAAUCUUAGUCUUCACAAGUGUUUUGUGCGAGUAGAAAACGUAAAAGGGGCUGUGUGGACAGUCGACGAAAUAGAGUUCCAAAAGAGACGGCCUCAAAAGAUCAGUGGAAGUCCGGCCUUAGUGAAGAACAUUCAGACCAGCUUGGGCUAUGGUCCGACCCUCUCUGCUGCCUUCCAGGCUUCAAUGGCAGAAAACAACAUACCUCUAUACACUACUGCUUCCAUUGGAAGUCCCACCCUCAAUUCCCUGGCCAACGCCAUCCGUGAGGAGAUGAAUGGAGCGAUGGACCAUGGAAACAGCAACGGCAGUGACAGCAGCCCGGGACGCUCGCCCCUGCCAGCUAUGCAUCACAUCAGCGUUAAGGAGGAACCACUGGAUCCCGAAGACCACGAUGGGCCCCUCUCCCUGGUAACGACUGCCAAUCACAGUCCGGAUUUCGAUCACCACAGAGAUUACGAUGACGAGCAGGGCCACGACGACAUGCUGUAAGGCUAGCGCCGCCCACUUCCCUCCCCGGCCUCAGAGGCCGAGGCAGUCUGGGUCAUCUGGGAGACAGAAGCGCUCUGCAGAUAACAAACACUGAACUGCAGUCUCAGCCACUGAUGACAGCUCUCAAAUGUCUCCAAGUUGACUUUUUUUAGUGCCAUUACAAUACAUAGCAAAAACACACACGAGAAAACACAGAUGACUCCCCCACACGAGGGUUCUUUUUUCCCGCUGAUUCCUUUCUACUUUUGAUUUAAGUAACGCUUAAAACGUGAAAACAAACUUCAUUUCUACUCAUUUGUCAGACAGACUUUUGGGGGGGUUUUUUUUUUUUUUUUUUUUUUUUGUUUGUUUUUUUUGGUACGGGGGGUGCAUCGUGUCCGUGCUUUGGGAUACCCUCGCCACGCAGCCAGGACGGACUGCACUCAGCGGGCUGCAAGAAAGGGGGGUGUUUGUCUCCCCCUCCGCCCUCCCCCACGCUUUCUCUCUCCCCUUCCCUCAUCUGACCAGAGACUGAAGAGAGAGAGAGAAUGACUGACGUUUAAUUUACACCGUGUGUAUGUGUGUGUAUGUGCGAGAGAGAGCGAGUGCGGACUUCUGUUCAUUGUCACUGCCUUCAACACUUCUCAUUGGUUUAAUUCCUUCUGGGGCGGGAGGGUUGUUUUUGUUUGGGGGGUUGUAUUUUUUUGUUGUUGGGGUGGGGUGAAAAGUUAUGAGAUAUAACAACAUAAUGUGUCUUCUCCAUAUCAUUCAAUGCUGUUUUUUUUUUUUUGUUUGUUUGUUUGUUUGUUUGUUUCUUUAAACUGAUCAGACCUCAUGCUCAUGCUGUGGAGAUUCUGUGUGGUCAGCACUUGAUGAUGAAUGUUUAUGAUUUCUUUAAACACACUCACAUGAAGCAGAAUGUCGCAUACCAACUAGUAUUUUUCUGUCAUUUAUUCCACAAUCUUGGAAAAAAAGAAAAGAAAAGAAAAGGAAAAAAAGAGACCACUUUGAUGUGUAGCCCGCCUCUAACCCCCCAUCCUCCGCCCCCCCUGCUCAUGAAGUCCAUUGGCAAUGCACUACUCAUAAUGAAGGCUCUCUCCACGCAUCAAUGAAGUUUAAUUUAAGAUGCGAAUGAAUGACAGAGAAAUCAUGCAGGUUAUGAUUUAUCCUUAUGAAAUUAUACUUUAAAACAGCCCCUCACGGCCGAGCAUGCUGAGCUGCAACAGAAUUUCUGAUCACUUACAAGCUCCGGGUUUUUAAAACAAAAUGAAAAUGUCAGGUGUGCACCGGCGAGAUAAUGAUUUAGACCAACUAAUUGUGAUUCCUGAACACAACUGUCAUUGUUAAUCAAAUGUGUCUGCUUUUUCCACGCUGUAAUUUCAUUCAGGGCUCGGAGAUAAACGUGCAUUCCCUGUAGUUUUAUUUGUAUCACGCGCAUGACUAGUUUUAAGUUUCGAGUGUUAAUAAUUGCGCACCGGACGAACAGCUCAUUUUCUUUCAUUAAGGGAACAGUCCCCGAGACCUGCAAUAAGCGUCGCACAUUCCAGCAUGUUGACAACCAUCAUAAAGGGCCCAAACAUACAGCACAUGCCAUUUUAGCGAAGGCGCAUACCUCGACGUUCAGUGUCGCCCAAAAAGCCGACAGCUGCAGUCCACAGUAUCGAUCCGAGUGGAUUCCACGAGAUUUUUGUGAUGCAGCAAAAACAAAAAAACAAAAACAAAACUUCCAGCUUUUGUAAGAAGUUACAUUUUAGACAUGAUGAAUUUCAAGACUGCAACCAACCACUUUUUAAUCUUUUUUAUUUAUUGUUAUUAUUGAUGUUCAUUUGGCUUUUAUUUUGUUGAUGUUGUUCUUGAUUUGUAUUAUAAUUCUGUGACUACCAAAGAAACUACAAAGUCAGUGACGUGUGUUCCAUGCAAUAGCAGAUCAGGCCAAAUAGCUCUCCUCCAUUCUGUCAGCAGCGGCGGUGGCAGCGGCGGUGCAGCCGGCAGCAGAUUGAAUCAAAGGGGGAAAAAAAAAAAAAAAACGCUCCUCACACUGGUGUUUUCAUUCGUUUUUAUUAAAACAAAAAACUAACAAACAAAAAAAACCAAAGGGUUGUAGCUGCAUUAAAAGCUUUGCAGUGACCAAAUCUGAAUGGGAGGCACUGACAGUCUGACUACAUGAUGACCAAACUAGGGAAACUUUUAAUCUGUGGGCCAGUGAGUGGGAAAAGGGAGGUUUUUGGGGGUUUUUUUGGUCAGGAGCAGAUAACAUGCAACAUGAGAGUGUAUGUAGAUAAAGUCGGGGGGGGUAUACUGGUUAAGUGGGAAAAGCUUUGCAGAGAACAAUGUGAAAUGGAUUCUGUGCUUCAACUGGACCACACAAAUGAUUCAGUGUUUCUCUUCUUUUAUUCCUUGCCUGUGUGUAUCCUUUGAAAUGAUUGUAUGCCACUUUUUAGGGAUUUUUGUUAAGAUUGGCAAGACUUCAUGAUUGUGUUUAGUUUCUGUUAUCUUAUUACUUUUUAUAUUAAAAAACACUCCUGUCAACUAAUAAGCUGGGUACAAGGUACUUUAUGGCAGUUAUUGUUAUUGUUAUUAUCAUUUUUUUUUUCCCUCUAACUUCACAGCUCGUUAGCUAAAAAGGAAAAGGGCAAUCUGUGGCUUCCAGAAAAUCUAUUUAAUAUCCAGGCAGCUGUGGGAUGGGUCAGUUACAUCCAGGCUAGGACCGUGAGAACAGGGCCGAGCUCAUCCACAAAACCCCCAGUCAACUGGCUGGUUUGUUUGGUAUUCAGAAAGGAGGGGAAAGCGCUGGUCGAUUAGAUCAUUCUCAGCAUGUGUAGCUUGACAUUACUAAAGAUAACAGCAUGAGAAACCCGUUAGGACGCAUACCUCAGUUCAAACCUAUAGGGAAUGAUUCAAUUAAAUGAGAAAAAAUAAACAUUUCACUCAGUUGCACUUAGUUGUGUGUCUUUGCAUGUGUAGUCUGAUACUGUAGAGAGAAAAUAACAAAAAAUAGAAAAUGAAAUUAGAGCUUGUUUAUCUUAAAGGUUUCAUCCUUUUUUUUGUUUUUCUUUUAAAGCCAAACCAAUCCAAACCUCAGGCCUUUUGUUCAUGGAAAUGUCACUCAGCUGUGUGUGGCACCGUUCACCCUGUCAAAGUUUGUUCUCUGAUGUACUGAUGGGUUGUUUUAAGGGCGUUCCAAUAUUAGGUUGUACAUACAUGUCAGUAAAGCCUUUUGUC